GAAGGACAGGAGUAGGUGAGAUGGAGUACCGUACCUGUAGCCCACUGACUGCAGGCCCUCUAUCUUCAGCUGCACAGAUGGUCAUGGCUGCACUGAGAGCUCAGUAUGCAGGGAGAAUAGACAGGAGACCAUACAUCUUCACAAGCAGAGAGAGAGACAAGUAUUCAAAGCGUUCUCAGUAGGAGAGAUGAAGCGCCCAAGUCGGCUUGACCUCCAGCAGUUACGUGAGAAAGAUAACACCCUUAAACAAUGGGGAGCAGAGGUACAAGGUGAUUGGAGGCCAAGAGAUUAUGAAGAUGAUGGCAAUCUGUCAGGAUUUAAUCCUGGUAAUAAUAUCCCCAGUCCCAGAAAAAGCCCUCCAGAGCCAAAUCCACUGAGAGAAGAGCUUUUACCCGGGAAUGACUUUGUUAACAGAGGAACCUUACAGACUGUCAUGGGAUUGUCAAUGACACACAGCAGGAUCUCGGGUAGAAAGGAAAGAAUCCAGCUAAUGGCUUCUCUUGAAGAGGGUAAUAAAGCAGAGGCUAUUACUCAAACCCCUCCUCUGAAGAGAUGGAGGUUUGAUAAUCUGCAUCUACCCAUCACCUCCUGUUCGAGGAGGUUUGAGCGAGAUGAUUCUGGGCAGAAGAGUGACAUUGUGAAAGCAAAUGAAAACCUUGAGAAGAUGCAGUUUAAAGUUAAAACAGCCCUAACCGAAGAAAUAAAAGUGGACCAGAUUUCAUAUGGAGAAGUAACAGAGAAGUUUAAAUACCAUUCGGAUUUGUUUGAGGGUGUCGUUAAAGAUAGUAGCUGUGACAACGUGUGUGAAAAUUAUUAUCAAGAAGUAGAUGAAGACCCGAGAUCAACAUCCAGGACUGUACGUCAGAAUAUUAGUCUCAUCUUAGCUGACCCUUGUCACGAUUCUUGUACAAAUAAAACACUAACUUAUGGAAGCCAUCUGCCAGUUCAUCACACUUUGGGUUCACUCAGAACCACUGACUCUAAUCAGGGCACCGAGGACAAAGAACAAGCAUCAGCAGUGGAGACAGAAUCAGACAAAGUGGUACUUGUCUGUCACCUUGCUGACGUAUAUGAGCAUCAGUCCGAUAUUAAAAACGAUCAGCUGGAAACCCAGGAGAGUAGCAUGGAGUCAGAGAACAGUCCAGCAGCUAAACUCACAGAAACACAUCAGGACCUGAAGACCUUAUCAAAGAGGAGUUUUGGAGUCAAGCGUGCGCAGAACUUGACCCUUCCAGCCGAGUAUAACGGAAAGUGGGAGCCUCCUCUACGGUCACAUGGGUUUCCUCAAAUCACACUGUCACAUGAGCCCUGCAUAAACCAAACCUCAUAUAUCAGUGGAGAAGCUGAAGUGCAAUUUAUUCCCCAAGCACAGCAAAGCAAAGCUACGAGGCAACUCCUAUACAUGCAGAAAACCACUCAGAAUCAGCACAUCAUGCCGGAACAGACUGAAUCCAACGUGGACAUCAGUUCCAACAUCCCUAAAAGUGCCCAACAAAAGCAAUCUGCUUUAGAGCCGAAUGAGCAGAUACAUGUAGAGAGAGUCAUGGGUGCAGACAAGACCUCAGAACAAGACCAUAAAUGUACUCUAGCCUUAAUCUCUGAUCCCCGAGUGUGUGAUGCCAGCCGUCUCUCACACCAACAGAGGACGCGUGUGUUGGAGGAGGCUGAGGAAACAAGGGCACUGGUGGCUACGAUGGUGUAUCAGGAUGGAACCACACAGUUGGAUCCUGAGCAGAAAUGUCCCCCUGCUGUGUGUGGAGUUUUGGUUCUGCUGAAGAAGAACCUAAAUUCACUUGUUCUGGAGAAGUCUGGAGCAGCUGGGGAGAGAUUGCUGUUUCUGAGACUCAAACAGACACCUGUUUGGUCUCAGCAAGAUGUAAAACACAACCAGGAUCUCUUCACAAGAGAGAUACUGGUGAAGAUGGUGUGUGGAACCCACAUUUUAGUGUGUUAUAAAUCUAAAGACCUCCUUCGAACAGCACUCAGGCAUUUCAACAAGGAUCUGAGCUGGAAACAAGUGGCCAGUUGUCAGGUGUUGGAUCCUCAGAUCGCUGCCUGGUUACUAGAUCCUGCAGAUUCUGCCUCCUGCUUUCAGGAGCUUUUCAAGAAGUACUGUAGUCAACCCACCUCACAUCCCCUUACACAGUCUGAGCUCAGAAACCAGAAGGUAACCCAUGUGAUCUCCAGCCUGUCUCAACUACACAGAGUGAUGGUGGAGCUCAGGAACAAGCUGGAGACGCAGGGUCUGUGGCAGCUCUAUGUCUGCAUGGAACAGAAGAUGAUGCCAGUUUUAGCAGCUAUGGAGAGCCAUAGGAUCCAUGUGGACAAGGAAGCCUUAAAGGAGACAUCAGAGCUGCUUGGGACUAAGAUGAAGCAGUUGGAGCAACAGGCUCACCAGACUGCUGGUCAGAAGUUCCUGGUGUCCAGCAGUUCUCAGCUUCGACAGGUUCUGUUUGAGAAGCUACGCCUGCAUGCACGCUGUGAGAAUAAGAAGCUACCCAAAACCUUGCUCAAACAGCAGCAGUCCACCUCAGAGGCUGUGCUCUUACAACUCCAGGACCUGCACCCUCUUCCCAGAAUCGUUCUGGAAUACAGACAGGUUCACAAGAUCAAGUCAACGUUUCUGGAUGGAAUUCUGUCUUGUACGAAAAAGACGUACAUCUCCUCCACGUGGAAUCAGACGAGUACCGUGAGUGGACGACUGUCUGCCAAACAUCCAAAUUUCCAGGCUCUACCCAGGCAGCCGGUACAGAUCUCGAAGAAAGUGCAUUCAGCAGGGAAAGAGGCGGAGCUGAUAACUGUUCACCCGCGUACCAUGUUCAUAGCACAAGAGGGCUGGACCUUCCUUUCUGCAGAUUUCUGUCAGAUGGAGUUGCGUCUCUUGGCUCAUCUCUCGUCUGACCCCGAGCUCUUGAGAAUCUUCCAGAACGCUAAAGCAGACGUUUUUAACAUGCUUGCCUCUCAAUGGAAGGGUGUAAGUGAGGACAGUGUAAGUGCAGAGGACAGAGAACAAACCAAACGCAUUGUCUAUUCUGUGGUCUACGGAGCUGGAAAAGGGCGUCUAUCUAGAAUACUGGGUGUGAGUGCUGAAGAGGCCAGCCAUUUUCAGGACAGUUUCCUCCAAAAGUACAAAGAGGUUCAGGCCUUUAUCCAGUGCACCGUGCAGCACUGUCACAAAUACGGUUAUGUAAAGUCCAUAAUGGGUCGCCGCCGUUCCCUCCCUCACAUCCAUUCAGGAGACUGGGGCAUCCGGAACCAGGCAGAAAGACAAGCUGUCAACUUUGUAGUACAAGGUUCUGCUGCAGAUCUCUGUAAAAUGGCUAUGAUUCACAUCUGCUCACUUGUGGCCUCUUCCACCACCCUGACCCCCAGGCUGGUGGCUCAGAUCCAUGAUGAGUUACUCUUUGAGGUGGAGGACUCACAGGUGGAAGAGUUUGCAGUGUUGGUGAAGAAAACAAUGGAGUCCCUUCAGCAUAUCAGUUGUCUUGGAGUCAGUCUUACAGUUCCUCUGAAGGUCUCCGUGUCUACAGGAAGAUCGUGGGGCUCCAUGUGUGAAGUCAAUCUCCCCCAUGCUGAUACCACACACACCACAGUUUGAGACCGCUUUGAGGUUUCUCAGUGCCAGUCUGUGUUUCUCUGCCCCAUCUUUCUGCCUCUGGUUCUCUCCCUGUAUCGUUCACUGCCUCAUUGUGUUUCUCAUUUUUAGGGGCUCAUUUCUUUCUGUCUUUUUUGGUCCCUCUGUUGUAUUAUUUUCCUGCCCGUCUCAUUUCUUCUCUCCUUCUCUAUGUCUUUCGCUGAGCUGAAACACAUCGCCAUGGAAACUGGGCUGCUGCAGCUCCCGGUUUUUGUUCCUCGCUUGCUGUAUCCGGGGGCAACCGUAGGAGACUUGACUGGAUUGUGCCAGUUUGUUUCCUUCUCUUCCUUCAGGCAUUCUGUUCUGCGCCCUGGUUUCUAUCCAUCCAGUCAAACCGUCUUACCAUCAAUACUUUUAUGUAGAGAUGUAGGAUAUGUUCAUCAAGCCUUUGUACUCGUCAACAGUUUUACUGUUUUGUGAACAUUUUAAGCAGUUGUUCUAUUUUACAGUCUGUCGUUCUUCAUAUUUUAGCAAUAAAUAAUAAUAAAUAAUAUAUAGCAAAAUAUAAAUAAUAUAUAAUAAUAAAUAAUAUAUAGCGAUAACGUUAUUGUGCCACUUUUAUCUUAAAUCCCUGUGUUUGUCGUCUUCUACAGCAGCUUCUUGUUAAGUGCAGUUAUGAUGUUAGUACCGUAGUGGAAGCCAAAGUGUGAUGCCAUGGGAUCUGAUACGUUAGCGUUAGCUACUAUUACUUUAAAUAAAAUUUGUUUGUCUCAGCUGCUUCCUCGAUGCCUGAUUAAGACACGAACCCAGUGCCGCAUCUCGUUCUCAUGUAUUAUUAUAAUUACAGCUUUUGGACUUUAUAACCACUCAAAAAAAGUGUUUUGUUCUCGAUGACGUGAAUGAGGAAAAACUACAGAAGCGAAUACAAGCUUGAU